CUUGGCACUCAGCAGCCGGCACCACAAGGGGUUGGCCCGACCAAGAAUCUGCACCGUCCGCCCUCUCUUAUCAUCGUUACCCAAUUCACUGUUUUAUGCCUCUACUAUUCGGACUGUUCCAAAUAACGCGAGGUUCAAAGGGACAUAGACACGUUGAGAACUCGUCCUGGGUACAGCGCUUCCUCGAACGCUCGAACCGCUGAAAGCAGAAAAGGGCAGCAGCAGGGCGCCCUCGUCUCCAAACAAGCCGCAAUGUUCCAGCAUUGGAUUCUCUCCUUCCUGCUCCUACUUGUCUAUGCCCAGCAAAUCCAUGCCCUCGAAGAUCUGCCCGCGGGUGUCGACAUCGAAGAAGACACACCGGGCCAAGUCACCAUCAACGGCGACCCAACCGGCAACAGCACCCUGGGUUCCGACAUCCCCAUAACAGCAACCAUUUUCUCGGGCGUGCCGGGGCCGUCUACCUGCCGGGGCAACGUCAUAUUUCAACUCACCCUCCCGCCACCCACGCCCGGUGCAGGCCCAAAACAGGAGCAGUGCUAUAACCUGGCCCGGGUAGCCGGAUGCGGCAACUUUGUGGCGAGCAAAGAAGCCGGUUGCGAGGCACGCCUGUUCUCGGAGCCCGGGUGCAGAAUGUAUCUGAACACGGCAGUGUUCAUACCCGAACUGAGGGCAGUGGGCGGCAUGUGGAGGAGUGUGGGUUUGAGGUGCGGAGUGCCAGCGCCGGACCCCGAGAGUCUGGGGCCGCCACCACUUGCGGGACUAAUGAGGAGGCCUGGGAGAAGAUAGCAAGGUGCGGUUGGGCGCUCGUUGGUUUUCGGCUAGGCUGUCUAGAGGCCAUUCGACCGAAACCCUGCGUGGCUUGGCAGCUGAUAAGGGAUGCGUCCAAAUGGUUUUUGACUCUUUGAGACCUUAUGGAACGCCACUUCACUGGCUAUAAGAACCUUUCUUAUUCUUAGAAAUGGAUCAGGUAUGAGGUGAUUGCGGCCGAGCCGGGUUGCCCGAACAAGAAAGUUACCACGCUCCACAUCUUUCAAGCCUGGUCAAAGACCUAAUAACGGAUCAACCCAUCCCCGUGUUACUUGUGAUUCCAAGUAGCACUGAGAGUUGGCACACAAUCUACUAGGUGAAUAGCUU